AAUUAGUCUUUCUAAAAGAAAUAUACUUUUGCACAUAUGAUUUGUUUUGAACAAGGCUGGAGAGCAGCACACUCGAUUCUGUUUCAGGGGUGUGUGUGUGUGUACAUUAUACAUUGUAACAUUUUCUAUUAAUGCAUUCCAUCACUUCCAUAGCAUUUAAUUUUGACCAUGAAGUCAUUGAUUACACAAUAUCUUUAAUAUGGAUGGUGAAAAUACGUCCCUUGUGGUAGAAGAAGAAUCAAAGUCGAUCAACAAUUCAAAAGAUGCUGCAGUAAAUAAGGGACAAGUGGAAGAAAAAGUUGAUGCAAUAGAAGGAGAAGUUAAUGGAUCUCAAGCAACAGAAGGUUUAGGUGAGCUGGUUCAACCUUCUCAAACUACAGAAAAUUCAGCUAAACCAGUUCAACCUACAGAAAAGGAAAAUGACGAACACAUCAAGUCAGAAAAUAAAGAAAUGAUGGUACCUCCAGAAAAUGACACAGAGCAGAACCUAAAUGAAAGCGCAAUAGAUGAAACAUUGGAAAGUAUAGAAGAUGCCGUUGAAAUAAAUAAAAUUGAUGGAGUAAUAGGAAAAGAUGAUGGGCCGUUAGAACCUGUCCCUAUUGAAGAAUUAGAUGCGGGUAGCACACCACCACCUCAAAUAGAAUCCAAUGACAUUACUGAAGAGGAAGAGGGAAAGGAAGACCCUAAAGUGAAAGAUAAAGGGAAUCCUGAUGAAGAGAGAAAGGAAGACUUUAAAGUAAAUGAUGAAGAGAAUCCUGAUGAUGCAAUCGCUUUAGAACAAGAAGAUGAGAUGCUUGUGGAGUCACUUCUUGAUGAAACUGAAAGCAUUGAGGAACACUCUCUAUACGACAGAGAACAACUUUUGCAACAGUAUAAGGAAGCCUUGGAAGAAAGGACAAGGAUACAAACAUUAAAUCAACAAUAUCAACACAAACUGGCAGAAUACUUCAAAAAGAAAAAAACUGAUGACAGAGGGCAGGAAAUUGAAAAAAACGUCACUGAUCAAGAACAGAGAUAUCUCAAGUAUAUAUCUAACCUUGAAGAACUGCAAGCAGCAGAAGCUCAACAAGCUAGUAGCAUUGAAAUCCAAUUAGAAGAACUGAAAUCGCGAUGCCAGGAAAAGCAAGAAAAAGUUGAAGAAACCAGCGAUGCAUUAAUGAAUUUUAAAUAUGAAAUUGCAAAAACAGCCAUUAACAGCAGAUCUGGAAAGCCACUCACGUCAAAGGAUGUUGAACAGUAUCAAGCACUUGAAGCAAAAAAAGAAUUGGAAGUUAUUGCGGUGCGGCUGGAAUAUAUUAAGCUAAAGAAUAGAUUAAAGAAACGUGAAAUUCAACUCAAAGCAAAGGAAGAACUCGCUGAAGGAUUGCAUCUGAUUGAUUUUGAGCAGUUAAAGAUUGAGAAUCAAACGUACAAUGAAAAAAUUGAAGAACGAAAUGAAGAACUUUUGAAGUUGCGCAAAAAGAUCACUACGACUGUGCAAGUUUUGACGCAUUUAAAAGAAAAACUGCAAUUUGUGCAGGGUGAAAAUGGCGAACAGAGAGCGAAAUUGAGAGACAUCGAAGCUACAGUAGCACAGAGGCGAGAUAUUCUCACACGGAUGAAACAAGUUCGGGACGGCUUGAGAAUAGACAACACGAAGCUGAAACAUAAAUCUGGUUUGCUUGGUAAUAAACCUUUAUUGAGAGAUUUCGAAGUUCGAAAAGACGAAGGCGAAGAGCUGAAACAACGUAUUCAAUUCUUGAAAGAAGAACAUAUAGAAUUAAGCAUGGCGCUGAAUUCGAUAAAGAAGAAGAUUGAAAAAUCAAGACCUGUAAAUUCGUAACAUUAUUUUUAUUGUAUUAUAUUCAAAUUUUAUUUUACUAAAUCGUAAGUUAAUCAUGUGA